UUCACUCCUCUGAGGAGCCGGCUUCUUGUAGAUUCUUGUGUCAGCAGUUUUUGGUGGAUGGCGUCCCUCAAACAUUGGUGAAGAGGAUGUAAUUCCCGUCUGCUUUCUUUUUGUCAGUGAGUGUAUCUCUGUGUAUUUUUCUUAGAAAGUAGGCUCCAUGGGGCGUCAAAUUACUUGUGUGGACAACGUGUGUUGCGUAACACAUCGGACAGGUAUUUAAUGAAUGUGGGAGUCUUCACUUGAAUCAGAAUGGCGCGCUGCUUCUGCCGCUGGCGCACAAUGUUAAUCUGUGUGUGCACGCCGUGCAUCUUGCUGGUCCUGCUGGUUGCCUACGCCACUGUCAUGGUGUGUGCGGCCACGAAUAACAGAGUAGUGUCUUUUCACUUCGUGGCCUCGGGGACUUUAAACAACAAGUCCUUCGGCCCGCUGCCUCAAACGUUCUGGGAUCUCGACCAGCAUGGGGACGCCAUUUGGAACCGCCUCCAGCUGACCAUCGACCGGCAUUUCAACCCCGUCCUGCGGCCCAACGACAUGAGGACGGGGUUGGAAAACGACAACAUUUAUGAGUCCCGAGGGAUGCAGGGGUUCUCCGAAGUGAAGUUGGACAGCAUGGGGGAGAACCUCGAUCGGCUACCGGAGCAGAUUCAAGACUUUGCGAAGCACAUGCACAGGAGAGACUACCCGACCCUCAUCCAGCCAGACGGAGUAUGUGGUGCCGGGGAAGAGGAGGAGAGGGAGGCCCCGCUCCUUCUACUGGCCAUCAAGUCAACAGAACUGGGUUUUAAGAACCGGCAGGCGAUUCGACAGACCUGGGGCCAGGCAGGAUGGGUAGCAGGACAGGGGAGGAGCGCUAAAGGAGGAGGAGGAGGAUACAUCCGCAGGGUGUUCCUCCUCGGGAAAGGAAGAGUUGAAAAUGUGGUUGGGGAUUUACCAGAGUCACUGCAGAUGGAGAGCAAACAUUAUGGAGAUAUUCUGCAGUGGGACUUCAGGGACACGUUUUUCAAUCUCACCUUGAAAGAUGUGCUCUUCUGGAGCUGGUUCUCUCGCUCGUGCAACCGGACCGUCUUUGUCUUUAAGGGGGACGACGACGUCUUUGUCAACACCCCAAAGAUGAUUACGUACCUCCGGGACCAGCUGAGGAAGCCACAAGCAAACAAGAUCAUUGGAGACUUCAUGAUUGGGGAUGUGAUAGUUGCAGCUUUGCCGAGCCAAGACAGGAAGUCCAAGUAUUUUAUCCCAGGCAGCUUCUACAAAGGCCGCUAUCCUGUGUAUGCAGGUGGUGGAGGGGUGGUGUACUCGGGCCUGUUGGCCAGACGCCUGCACCACGUGUCUAAAAGGGUUCACCUCUUCCCGAUCGACGACGUUUACGUGGGGAUGUGUAUGACGCGGCUUAACGUUCACCUGGUCCACCACGCUGCCUUCCUCACGUUUGACUUCCCUAGUGGCACAGAGGAGAAGCAGCCAUGUUCGUAUCACACAGUCCUAUUGGUCCACAAGCGAAGCCCCUCCCAGUUGCUUAAACUGUGGGCCAACAUGACAAUGACACAGGCUCAAUGUUGGGAUGCGCCCCUGAGAAAGGGUUACACUUAAAAUCAACCAAAACUGUUUACUCAUCCGAAGUUUCUUGAUCAAACAAUUUUGCUUCUCCGCUCUUUAGCGAGAGGCUGUCAGUCAGGAAGCACGUUGACUGACAAACAUCACAGUUUUAGCAAAUUCCAUAUUGAUUUAAAUGUCACUGCAUUACCACAAGACGACAGCAACGGUAUGACAUGGAGGUGGCUACAAUGUAUUCCUUAACCCAUUUAUUCCAGUGGAUUAUGCUUCUGUUUUACUGAAAUGAUUGGAAAUAACUGGAGAAUAAUAUGAAGAAGACGUUUACAGUUAGC